CUGCGCGCGCGUGCGCGCGCGCGUGUGGUGUUUUCAUUCUGCGUGUGUGUGGUGUUUUAUACAAAGGCCACUUUUCCUCUGUGCCAACCGGCGUGUCAGCUGUCACGCUGCAGUUAUACCUCCUUACUGUGAAAUAGCAGCAUUUCAUUUUUGAAAUACAGGAAAUGCAUAAUGUUCUCUCUUAUUGUGAAAUGUCACAGUAUUGUUGCUGAAGAGCGUGCCAUGCGUAAAAAGUGAUUUAAAACGAAUUUAACUGACUUAACGACGCUUUAUUUUCAUAUAAUAACCCUGCAGUCAAAGUUGAAUGCGACCCUUUCAGUUCAUGGAGGUUUCUUACAUUUUAUCUCGGGGGCUGCUGGAUUGUGUUUGUGUGGUCUGCAGCGAUCCUCAGCGACUCUGCCGGCAUUUGGCGACGGGGCACACCGGCUUCGGUUCCUUUUUAUUAACUCCAUAACCAAUUUGAAGAGUGCAGACGGCGUUUUGUCCGGGAUUAUGGUUGUACUGGGUCUGCAUUUUCUUUGCUGAAUACAGUAUGUGCAGCACUGAAGCGGACAUUUUGCACUAUUUCUAAAUGCUGUGAAAACCAACAAGGCGACUUGUUUUUCCUUUUAUAGAGGAGCUGAUUUUUAGUUGAUGGUGAGAGACUGUCUGAUGUUGUUGUGAUCGAGGUCACAGAGUUUCGCUCCGUGUCAGGUAAUGAACUCGCGUGAUAUUUUUGCGACCCAGUCAGGUUUGUUCACCUUCAGCUUUUCUGGUGUUUGCACUCGUGAUAAUAUACAAUUAGUGCGCUGUAAAGGAUCACUUUUGCCGAUUCGGGACACUGAAUGACCUGUGGGAGGCGCACAUGCACCACUCGGUUUAGGUUAGGCUUAGAAAGCUACAAAUACAGAAAGGAUAAUCCAAGAGGCACACACCGUCCAUGUGACAUCUUCUCAAAUGUUUGAAUAUCAUUGUCUAUAGUAAAAAAUAGUAAAGUGAAACCUUAUCGUAUAAUCUGAAAUGUCAGUUUUUCUGGUGAGACUCGACCUUUGUGUCGUCGCCCACAGAGACACAGAAACUGCUGCCUACCUCUUCAUGUUCAUGACGGUGCAGACGUGCUGCUGGAAGGGUUUCGUAAAACAUUACCGUGACACCUGAUCAAACGUCUUGUCUCCUGUUUUCCGGUAUCGGCGUUGCUGGUUUCCUUUUCUUCCGUCAGUCUGCUAUUCCCUCUCGACGAGAUGGCCGUCGGUACUUUUUGGUGCCAUUUGUCUACAUGCCGCAUGACACGUUUAAUAUCUCUCCUCGCCGCGCUCAGAUCUGCACUGAAGCCCACAGGGAAAGUUUGCAUUUUCAUGUGGCUGGAGUACAGACGUCGCGUCCAGCUAAAGCGCGCCUGUUGUGGUUGUUUUCUCCGUGCGUAAAAAUGCGCAAAACGCAUCAGGAUGACGAUUUACAUCAAAGACCACCAAACCGGUGCGAUGCCUCGACCGCAGUAGCAGCAGCGCAGGAGAGCGGAGGAGAUCCACCACCCGGCGUUGCCGCUGGAGCGCAAAUCUCCCUUUCAGACAACAGCGGCGAGCGGAGCGUUGGCCAACCCAGCUCCACCGGAGCAGGAGAGCCGGACUCGCCGUCCUGGUGCAGAACCAAACCCAUCUCCCGUUUCGACAGCCUAGGCGCGUUUCAGAUGAGGUCAAUAUUCCAUCUCCCACGCCGCGCCUCCAGCGGAUAUUUCUCUUAUGACAGUGACUCGUUGCCGAGUUCCCCGGUCUCUCCGAGGCCACCGACGGCUGACAGAGCCACGCAGACUCCGAGCCCGACCGGCCAGGUGAUAGAACACGCCCUACAGCGCAUGGCUGAGGCGCACGGCGGAGGACCGGGGAGGCACCAGCAGCACGGACACUCUCCGGGCCACUCUAGCACACAGCCAGAGAUUGCAACAGGCAGCAUGCAAGCAGAAGCAAUCGGACAAGAACUCCGGCGAAUUGGAGAUGACUUCAACAGGCUGCUCCUCCUAAGGAGGGUGGAAGGCAGACCAGUUGUGAUCCCUCCAAACCCACUGCCACACAUCCACCAGGAGCCCGCCAUGCUGCUCUGCGUGGGCCUCCUGCUUCUUCUGAUUGGACGGGUAAUCUACUUGCAAGGCAGUACGGGCAGCCAGGACCUCUCUCAGGUUUAGCCUUUUGGAAAACCCAGCAGACGUAGCAUUUUUCUUUCAUAAUGUAUCUGUGUUGGAUCUAUCACGUCUUGAAUCUCUUUUUUGAGGAACUUUUUGCCGUAUUUUCUCUCUUGUCCAGAUUGAGAAAGGAGACUUUGGAUUGUAUUCAUUUUGAUGAUUUGAUAACACCUUCAAAGAACUCUAAAGAAUUUUGGUUUUUCCGCUUCUGUUCUUCCUUCACGGUCUCUGAGCCCUUGCAAUGCUACCAAAGAGCCGGGAUUUUGCACUUCUUUCCAGCGCAGAGGCGGUCAUAUCAUCUACAUAUGCGUCUGUGCAAAUUCAGAUGUGCCUUGUACAGUUUCCUGUUUACUAUUUUUAGCUUUUUUUGGGGGGGUGAUACUAUUGUACAGAGAUUAUACGUUCCUUGGGUCAACAACUCUGCAGACCCAGGGUUGUUAAAGAAAAUGGGUCCAGUCAACCUUUAGCUUAUCCCUGUGAAGGUUUCGGGCAGGGAAAAAUGAACUUGCACUCCUGUCAGGUCAGAAUCCAGCAUACAAUAGACCUUGUGAACUGUGUGGGAACAAACUUGGGCCAAAGUUAUAAUUUUUAUCCAACAUUUUUAUCACACAAUUGUUCUAAACUCCCGUGCCAUUACAUUUUGUUACCAUGAAUUACAUGCCCGCUUAUGCCUACACUCUAAGUUAACAAGAUGCAACCGUACACCAGCAUUGCCAUGGACAAUGGAUUGUGUCCUGAUUAUUUGAGUGCUGAAAGAUACAGAUGUUGACUUUAAGAGUGAUCAAAGGCCAUGUCAUGGUGAACACACUGUAAUUUGUCGACUUCUACAUCUGAAGCCCCACAGGAUUACGCAACUUUCCCGAGAAAAUCGAAUCUUGUCCAUAUACAGCUUAAUACUGUAUUUGUAGACAUUGAUGAUAAAGUGUCCACUGUGUUUUCUGUGUCAUAUUUGGUCAUGUUUCAGCUGCAGUAGCUCUCCUGCUACUGUUUGUCAGAUAUGUAAUCUAUAAUCAGGUAAUCUGUUAUCAGGAUUAUUAUCCCUUAGAGGUACUUUAAGUAGAUGCACCAAUUCUGCCGUUUAAAGAAAAAUGCGAGUGUAUUUCUUUGGAUUUCCAUUAGUUUUCUAUAUAUCUACAUUAUAGAAAUUUCUAGUCUUGGAAAAUUGCAAAAAUAAUGUUUUAUACAUGUAUUUCAUGACUACUUAAUGACUUAUUAAACAAUAACUGGUACACAAUAGACAUUAUGACCUGUUAAUGUGUGAAUUGAACCUGUUCAGACAUAUUUUGUAAUGUCCCAUGAAUAACCAGCCUUUGAGUAACUGAUACCAGUCUUCCUCUGUAUGGAAAAGCCUGCAUGUUUCUGUAACUGCUAGAGCCAGGCUCAAUGGUGAAAGGGUCUAACUGCGUAAUAUUAAAGAUUUCAGAAUCACUUUUAUCACCAAAUACCCUCUGUGAACACAGACUCCUAAAACAUGACAGUAAAACAAAGCAUUAAGGGCUUUCAUUUUCCCUCUUUGCUCUCAUUAUCUUCGGCAUUACAGCAAAACUAAUUUUCCCGCUGAUAAUCAAAAGCAGAAGCAGGUUAUUUAUCAAUACAGUAGUAAGAUUUGGGUAUUUGUUACUCAGUUGCCAAGAUAGUGGAGUGAAAUUCAAGAUGAUGAACAAAAUCAAUAAUCAUGUCAGUCUUUUAAACUGUUUCAUUUCUAGUUGCAUUUUUUACUCAUCUGCUACAUGUUGCAUUUACGAACCCUAUUUUGACAUACAUAAUACUUACAGGAUUUUUCUGCAAUGACUUUUCUGUCUUCCACUGUUUUGUUUCAGCCUCUGGAUUUGCCAUUAGCAGCCAGACUGAAUGUAUUUGGCAGUUGUUGGUUUGUUGACAAGGUCAUGUUAUCCCUUUAUUAGUGCAGUGAUUUGGACCCAGCCAAGUUUCCUCACGCUUGCCAGGUCAUUAAACACUGACUCGUAAAUUCAUUCUCCAACCAAACACUGAAUCAUGCAGAGUCAAAGAGGGUUUUAUCAUUGACUAUUUAGAUGUCAGUAGUAUGUCAAACCGUGGUGAUACAGACUUUAGUUUCAUUACAUUUGUUGUUAUCUUUAAGGUCUCAAAACUUAUCACUUUGCGCUGCUCUUCAUCAGAGGUGUGGAAGUUAACCAGACCUUCAUUUGCCAAACUGACCAGUUAAUCCUCAUCACUGAAAUUUUCUUUUAUGUAAAGCCAAAAGAAACCAUUUGAAAACACUUCAGACGAAGCAUAAAUUUAACCUUUGUUUGGCUUUAUCAAGUUUUUUUAUAGUGUAGAACGGACUCAUCACAGAAAAAAACACCCUGUGGUUCUCGCCAACUGGAAAUAUGGUUCUUUGUGCUUGGCCACAAGGGGCAGUAAUGAGCUGACUACAGAUUGGCACGCCUUGGCAAAGAAUAUGAAACUUUCAAAAACUCAUGAGUUUAUAUUUUAUUUUAUUGGUGAUAUUUUCAAACAGUAUUUUUCAGUAUUUUUUCUAAAUAAACAUGAAGACGAACUGGUUGGAUUGGUUAACCAUCCCAUGUCCUGUGAGGUGCUGCUUCCAUGAGCUUUCUUUACAGAAGCAUCUAUGUAAACAUCCAACACUGUGUUUUGAAAGUCCAUGGAUGUCGACCAAAGAGGUUUGCGUGAAACUAUUGUUUUCUGGGUUGUUUUGGAUGGUUCAAGUGAAAUGUUGCCAAAUUGCCGGCCAUAUUGUAUGUUGUUUUGAUCGGUACCAAUCAAUCACAAAAACACAUCAGCUAUGGUGUGGCUCAUUAGUUGUUUCUGUUUGGCGAGACGAGCUAGUGUCAGAAAAGUGCUCUGAAACUGGCUAAAGCUUUACUUUUCUGUGGCAGUUCAUCUGUUUCAAACGGAAGUCUCUAUCAGAAGCACUGAAGAUACGAUGGAUUUAAUCUUCUAAAACAAAAUCACCGCUCUCUGUGUAGAUAUCAAAACGAUAACAGCAAAUCACAGCAGCAACAGCAGCACAAGUUUGUUGUAACACAAUAGAUAACCAAAUUCAUCUCAGUAUGUGUUUGAGCCAAGUGUGCAUGUUUGCACAGUUGUGUCAACAACACUGCAUAGCAAGCUAAAUGUGUUUCUGGCUUUCAUCAUGUCCAUAGAUUUUAGCUACUCUGUCAUCUGGUUAAUCUCAUGUUUUAAUAAUGUUAAAGUAGCUGUUCAGCCUCAAAGUUUAAUUUUCAAACUUCCUCCAGUGGAAUGAUGGGUUGCUGUCUAUUCAGUAACUACACCUUGUUGAAAUUUGUUACAUUAUUUGACAGAACUCACGAAGUUACAAGUCGUAAACAAUGGAUUGGACAUCCCUGUAUUCAAAAGCACCAAUAGGGAAAGCCAGGGGCGGGGCCCAAGGGGUCGCACAGGCCCCCAAACCAGGGACUCAUCAUGAAAUGUUAUUUUGUUUUGUUUUGUCAAUCAACAACUACAAAAAGACAAACUACAAAGAAACUCAAAAUUACCACAAAGGGACACAAAUAGACCACAAAGGGACACAAAUAGACCACAAAGAGAUACACAACUACUGCAAAGAGACACAAAACCAGCUUCAAGCAACUCAAAACAACCUCAGAUGACUCAAAACAACCACAGAGGGACACACCAACUACAGAGAUGCAAAACCACUACAAAGAGAUAGAAAAGCCUUAACACAUAUUUACUCAUAUUACAUUUCCUUUCUUUAAUACUGUUACCCCCAAUUCAAAAGUUCUUUAAGCCUGCCCCCUGCCCUCUUUCUCUUCCCUUUUAUAUUCAAGCUAAAAACGAAAAGGUCUUGUGUCAGUUUGUCCACAUCUUCCUUGUUUCUUGUCUUCCACCUUUCCUGCUGGAGAAAUGUAUAAAAUAACAUGAAACCUUUCAGAGCAGUGACACACAAUAUCCAUUCGGAAAAGUGCACAUCUCAGGCUUGUCAAAUGUACUCGCUUUGCUCUUCUUCUGCUGUGGCAUUAAGAGUGUUGUGACUGCACGUUGAUUUCUGAUAUUAUGCCAUGUGAAACCUAAGACCUCAUUUAGAAGUACUGUAUUACAGCUGGAGUGUGAGAGGAGAGCAUGGCAGGGAGGAAAGUGAAAGAUGAAUUACCGUCUUCUGAAACUGAUAUGGAAACCUGGUAAUGUGUUGAUUCACAUCAGCCUAUCAUUUGUAGGUGUUGCAGUGCAGAAACAAUUGUGUGACAUUUAGGGUUUUGCUGACUCAAGUCAACCCUGCUGGAGCAGCUGGAUUUGUUUGAGCUUUUAGGAUUCGACGAACAGGAGAAUCAUUCACAGUCUAUGAUCUAGCAACAGGAAAAUAAACAUUUAUACUAAAAACACAUGAGGUGUAGGUGACAGAGAAACUGUGGUGUGUUGUGCUUUGCUCCAAAUGCUGUACAGAAAUGCAUCUGCUGGAGUCUGUUCGUGCAGAAAUAUAAUCUAACUAAAGUGAACGACUCCACAUGACCCAGUACAACUGUAGCAACAUGAUGUCUUUUUGUUUGUUUGUACUGUUAUUGUACACUGAAAAUGUUGUAAUUAUGCUGUUGUAAUUGCUUCAAACUGCCGUAAAUAAAGCUUUUACAUCUUUUUA